UGGAAGUGUGUAUUGUAUUGUGUUUUGUUUAGAUUUUAGCUUGGUAUUUUAUUGGUGCAUUGCAGUAAAAUUUAUACAGCUAAUAAAGAGUAAUAUUUGUUUUUAAUUAUGAUGAGAACUAGAUUUUUAUUAAUAUGUUAACGUUAAUUAUAAUAAUUGUUUUAACUGUGUAAACUUCUGUGAAAAUGCUGUGAUAUUUUAAUAAGUGCUUAUAUAUUUUGAAACAAUUAUCGGUACUGUUAAAAAUGACUGUUACUUACACUGGGGAUGUAGCGACCUGUCGCGGAUUUGGAACUUUUCUUAAAGUUUUAAACAGAUGGCGUGGAAGUAUUUACAAAUUAAUAUGGCUGGAUCUUCUUGUAUUUUUACUUCUAUAUUACUUUUUGAAUUUAAUAUAUCGACUGCUACUAGAUGAAGAAUCGAAAAGAAUGUUUGAAGGUGUCGUGAACUACUGCAGUUUUCAUGGGAAUGUCAUACCUUUGUCAUUCGUGCUGGGUUUCUAUGUAACAGUUGUAAUGAACCGUUGGUGGAAUCAAUACACGACGAUUCCUUGGCCUGAUUCAAUAGCGGUCUUUGUUUCUGCAUCAAUCCACGGUCAGGAUGAAAGAGGCCGUCUAAUGCGACGUACAAUACUUCGAUAUGUGUGCCUUUGUCUAACAAUGGUACUAACUAUGAUAUCACCAAGGGUUAAAAAGCGCUUCCCGACCCUCGACAACCUAGUCGAGGCGGGCCUCCUAAUAGACAACGAAAAGAGUAUAUUAGACAAUCUUAAUCAAAAGUUUCCUAAACCAUCCAAGCAUUGGUAUGACAUAUUUCUAGUACCGUUGCCGAUUGUAUGGGCUACAAGUAUUGUGACGAGGGCGCGGAAGGAAGGUCGGAUUAGGGACGAUUUCGCUGUUAAGACGAUAAUUGAUGAACUGAAUAAGUUUAGAGGGCAAGCUGGUUUGCUCCUGAGUUAUGAUACAAUCAGUGUACCCCUUGUUUAUACGCAGGUAGUAACUAUAGCUGUAUACUCAUAUUUUAUAACUUCAGCAUUGGGUAGUCAAUGGGUAGACCACAAAUUGCAGUCCCAUAGUGAAUCGGUCUAUAUAAGUAAUAUAGACCUGUACUUUCCCAUAUUUACGACAUUAGAGUUCUUCUUCUACAUGGGAUGGCUUAAAGUCGCCGAGUCGCUGAUAAAUCCCUUUGGAGAAGAUGAUGACGACUUUGAAGUUAACUGGCUGAUUGACAGAAAUUUGCAGGUAUCAUAUAUGAUCGUUGACGAAAUGCACCAUGAGCAUCCAGAAUUAGUUAAAGAUCAGUACUGGGACGCGGUGUUCCCAUCGGAACUGCCAUACACGAUAGCAACUGAGAACCAGCGUGAAGAGCAUCCAGAACCUUCGACGGCCCGCGUGGCUGUCCCACUACGCCAACGGAGUAUGGUCACAAUAAACCCCUCAAGUGUGAAAAUUGACGAGAUGAUGCCAUCUAACACCGUGAGUUACAAGUUCGCUCCACCCGAGCAAUUGCAAAUGAACGAUGACGCGCAAUCCGGCAUUCACUUUAUGGUCACAAGAGGAAGUAGGCGGGGCAAGAGAGAUGAGAGGAACUCCAUGGGGUCCAGUAACUCCAUGGUGUCUCUUCAGCAGCCAAUGACAAGGACAAAUUCAGUUACGUCUAUGCUUAAACGGCUGUUCUCGAAAGAAGAUCAAAGAACGGUGGUGCCCUCGCAGACUGACGGUGUUGGCAGGUUCAUGGUAUCAGCGAGCAAUCCAGCGUUGAAUAAACCAGCAGCUGCUAUGAGCGGAAGUAUGAAGAUAGCGAAUGACGUUAUUGAAGAAGUGGAUGAACAGGCCACAAUUACCAGUAUGGGGAAGCGACCGGACAUCCGGCCGACAGCGAUGAGUCUUUUCGCCCAAGGGCCACCGACACCAAGUAAUCCCGUCACAGUGCCUUCAAGGAACUCUAGCAAUGGUCCAACUGACAGUCGUCUAUCAACAUCGGCGCCAUCUCAAUGGGCGAGGGAGGAAUCAAAUGAAGGGACCAGAAGUCCAGCCAAAAGUCUGUCUGCGACUUCCUUCCCAGAUAUGGAGCGGCCCAGGCUUGAUAGCGAUGUUGGGCCAUCACUCAGUGCGGUUGGCAGUCAAACAUUGUUGGAUGAAGUUGACGGUGGUGAUGACGAUGAAGACUUUAACAGGCUUCGCAGUGUAAGGGAACAACAUCGCAAAGACAAAUAUCUACAGAGGCUUAUGGCUAGAUCAGUCAGCGCACAACAGCAAACUGGAAGUGGUGAGGUGCUGGAUACAGACUUGUUGCUAGAAGAACUAAUGAAAAUGCAAGCUAAAAUGACUCAAGAGGAGGAUGUCAAGGAAAACAAGCCUAAUGACAAAAAUGCAACUUGACCUAGACUUCUUUUCUCAUGGGAUAAGGUCUCCUGAGUACAUUCCAGUAUUAACAAUUGUGAUAAUUUACACUAUUUAAGUACAGCCUUGGAAAUCAUGCUACUGUUUUGUAUUUAAUUGAAUAAGAAAUAAAUGAAUUGAGUACUUUUA